GCCGGCGGCCGCGCUCCCCGGCUCCUUCUCCCGCUGGGAGCUGGCGGCGGCGGCGGCGGGAGAGGGGAGCGGCGCCCGGGGCGGGCGAGGGUGGGGCGGGGAGGGGGGAGGGCAGCGGCGGGGCCGGGGAUCCGGCAGCCAUGGACGACAAGGCAUUCACCAAGGAGCUGGACCAGUGGGUCGAGCAGCUGAACGAGUGUAAACAGCUGAACGAGAACCAAGUGCGGACGCUCUGCGAAAAGGCUAAGGAAAUUUUAACAAAAGAAUCAAAUGUGCAAGAGGUUCGUUGUCCUGUCACCGUCUGUGGAGAUGUGCACGGACAAUUCCAUGAUCUUAUGGAACUCUUUAGAAUUGGAGGAAAAUCACCAGACACAAACUAUCUAUUCAUGGGCGACUACGUAGACAGAGGUUAUUAUUCAGUGGAGACUGUGACUCUUCUUGUGGCAUUAAAGGUGCGUUAUCCAGAACGCAUUACAAUACUGAGAGGAAACCACGAAAGCCGACAAAUUACCCAAGUAUAUGGCUUUUAUGAUGAAUGUCUACGAAAGUAUGGAAAUGCCAAUGUUUGGAAAUAUUUUACAGAUCUAUUUGAUUAUCUUCCACUUACAGCUUUAGUAGAUGGACAGAUAUUCUGCCUCCACGGUGGCCUCUCUCCAUCCAUAGAUACACUGGAUCACAUAAGAGCCCUGGAUCGUUUACAAGAAGUUCCACAUGAGGGCCCCAUGUGCGAUCUGUUAUGGUCAGAUCCAGAUGACCGUGGUGGGUGGGGAAUUUCACCUCGCGGCGCUGGCUACACAUUUGGACAAGACAUUUCGGAAACAUUUAACCAUGCCAAUGGUCUCACACUGGUUUCCCGUGCCCACCAACUUGUAAUGGAGGGGUACAAUUGGUGUCAUGAUCGGAAUGUGGUGACCAUUUUCAGUGCACCCAAUUACUGUUACCGUUGUGGCAACCAGGCUGCUAUCAUGGAAUUAGAUGAUACUUUAAAAUAUUCCUUCCUUCAGUUUGACCCAGCACCUCGUCGUGGAGAGCCUCAUGUUACCCGGCGCACCCCAGAUUACUUCCUGUAAAUUCUUCCCGGGGGAAAAACCCUGCCUUUCUUUGUGGAAGUAUACCUGGCUUCUUUUUAAAUAUAUAUAUAUUACACACACACACACACACACACACACACACACACAAAA